AUUAAUAUUGUUCUCAUCCUUGAGGACCUAACUGUAAAACUCUCCUUCUUCCAUUAAACAGAUUUCAAGCUAAACAGAGAAGCCAAACAUUUUCGGAGUCGGCGGGUUAACGCCGAAAUUCUUCCUUCGCCUCCACUAAAAUCUCGCGCCACCAAUUUUCCCAAUAUAUCGAUAUUUAGUUUUUCCCUAUUGUAAUUUCCCUAUCAUGACAACCUCCAUUUGAUUUGGCUCCGAACCUUGCGAAAUUUACACUUUAAUUAAGGAUAUUACUCAAAUGAGCUCCUUGCUUUUCCGCAGGAGGAUUUCUCCGUCAUUGCUUCCCGAUAAUACAGAUGUCUAUUACUCUAGGUGGGAGUCGAAGUUUAGAACUUCGUGUGCCAUCUAUCAAUGCAUACAGAAACUCAGCAGCUAUAGAACGAGUUCGAAGUUUGAUUUUACAGACCUCACGCGUCCUCAUACAUGGUAUCCUGUUGCUCGACGAAAGAAACGGAAUGUAAUAUUACAUGUUGGUCCAACAAAUAGUGGCAAAACAUAUCAUGCUCUGAAGCGGUUGGAAUCGAGUCCUUCAGGUAUCUAUUGUGGGCCGUUGAGACUUUUGGCGUGGGAGGUAGCUCAGCGUCUGAACAAGGCCAAAGUUCCUUGUGAGCUCAUUACUGGGCAAGAGAGAGAGGAGAUUGAUGGAGCAAAACAUAAAGCUGUUACUGUAGAAAUGUCAGAUGUUAAUUCUGAUUAUAGCUGCGCGGUUGUAGAUGAAAUUCAGAUGUUGGGGUGCAGAACAAGGGGUUUUUCAUUUACAAGAGCUUUACUGGGAAUAUGUGCUGAUGAACUACACUUGUGUGGGGAUCCAGCAGCUGUUCCUUUAGUUAAGGAAAUGCUUAAAGUGACCGAUGAUGUUGUCGAGGUUAAAUAUUAUGAGAGACUUUCACCUCUCGUCCCUUUGGAUGUUCCGCUUGGAUCUUUUUCCAAGAUACAGACAGGUGAUUGCAUUGUCACAUUCUCACGUUAUGAGAUAUACAAAAUGAAGAGACUAAUCGAAGAUCAAAGGCAGCAUCUGUGCUCUGUUGUUUAUGGUUCAUUGCCUCCAGAGACUCGAAGCAGACAGGCAACAAUGUUCAAUGACGAAAACAAUGAUUUUCAUGUUCUUGUGGCAAGUGAUGCCAUUGGAAUGGGUCUCAAUCUUAACAUAUCCAGAAUAAUUUUUUCAACACUGAAAAAAUUUGAUGGUACAGAAACGCGGGACCUUACUGUUUCUGAGAUUAAACAGAUUGCUGGAAGAGCUGGAAGAUACAAAUCUAAAUUUCCUGUCGGUGAAGUCACUUGUCUAAAGGCUGAUGAUCUACCUUUACUUCAUUCAUCACUGAGUUCCCCUUCUCCUACUCUGGAGCAAGCUGGACUUUUCCCUAGCUUUGAUCUUUUACUUAUGUUUUCACGUUUACAUCCAACUUAUGGUCUACAGCAGAUACUGGAGCAUUUUGUCGAGAAUGCCAAGUUGUCGGAUAACUAUUUUAUCACUAAUUGCGAGCAGAUGUUGAAAGUAGCUGCUGUAAUAGAUGAGCUACCUCUCAGUUUGAAUGAUAAGUAUCUCUUUGUUACGAGUCCUGUUGACAUGGACGAUGACAUCUCGUCUCAGGGACUCACUCAGUUUGCAACUAGUUAUUGUACAAAUCAUAUCGUGCGGCUUAAGGAAAUAUUUACCCCUGGAACACUCAAGAUUCCCAAGUCGCAGAAACAACUGAAGGAGCUCGAAUCAAUUCAUAAGGUUCUGGAUCUGUACGUUUGGCUGAGUUUUCAUAUGGACGACUGCUUUCCUGAUCGGGAGCUGGCAGCGUCACAAAAGGCUAUUUGCAGCAUGUUGAUCGAGGAGUUCUUGGGGAAGAGUGAAUUGGAGAAGUCAUUCCAUAGAAAAUUACCUCGCCUCAGCCGCUUGAAAUGUUUGUCUUGAUGAUUUCUUUGGGAUCACAAAAAAUUCUUGAAUUCUGUUUGCCUUUUGAGGGAGAGAAAUUUAAUUUAAAUCCUUGUUGAUAGCUUAGUUGUGAUUAAUUUUUGCUGUUUUUGUAAUCUUGUAGGAAGGAGUUGCAUUCGUAACAUUGUACAGACAAUAUGCAACAGAUGUUUCAGUAUUUUUCAAUAUACAACACAUUUUUCUGUA